UUUGUUUUAUUUUUUUACUAAGGGAGGGUCACGGAGGACCAAGCUGGUAGCCUGGUUCCUCAGCCUGGUCAACCCUUCACCCCGCCACCACCUACGCCAUUUUCCCCUUCCUGGAAAAGCCCUAAACAUCACACCUAUAUUCAUACCUUAUGUUGCAGUCCAUACGAUUCCUUAAUACGCAUUGAUUGAAAUUAAACUGUUCGCAAUUUGAAUCUUUUCAAUUCAAUUCCCAUUUCCCGGUAGGCUCCCGAUGGCUUCAGAGAUCGAGGUAGUUGAGGAGGUCGAAGUCAGAGAUCAAGAAUCUGCGGCGUCAACGUCGGCCGUUUCAGGCUCGGUGGUUGAUGAGGAGAGCUUGAGGAACGACGUGUACACGGCUGCAGCCUAUGGGGACAUGGAAAAGCUGCAUAGAUUAGUCGAGCGCGAGGGUUGCUCGGUUUCUGAGCCAGAUAGUCUUGGUUACUAUGCCCUCCAGUGGGCCGCUCUUAACAACCACGUUGCUGCCGCACAAUACAUUAUUGAGCAUGGAGGAGAUGUUAAUGCUGCAGAUCAUACUGGACAAACGGCUCUACACUGGAGUGCCGUUCGGGGCGCAAUCCAGGUUGCCGAGGUCUUACUCCAAGAGGGUGCUCGAUUGAAUGCAGCUUCUAUGUGUGGGUAUCAGGCAACACAUGUAGCUGCUCAGUAUGGUCAGACAGCAUUUCUUUAUUAUAUAGUUACAAAAUGGAAUGCAGAUCCUGACGUUCCUGACAAUGAUGGGAGAAGCCCAUUACACUGGGCUGCAUACAAGGGUUUUGCUGAUUGCAUACGUCUCUUGCUAUUUUUGGAUGCAUAUAGGGGACGACAGGAUAACAUGGGAUGCACUCCUCUUCAUUGGGCCGCUUCCAAGGGCCACUUGGAAGCAUGCACGUUGUUGGUGCAAGCAGGGAAGAAGGAAGACCUAGUGGUGAUGGAUCACACUGGCGUUACACCUGCCCAGCUUGCUUCUGAUAAAAAUCACCGACAAGUUGCUUUUUUCCUUGGAAAUGCUAGAAAGCUGUUUGAAAAACGGUUUGAUGGGAAUCACUCGCUUGGGAAACUGUCAAAAUUAGGAUUUGCUCCAUUUCUAUGGUGUAUAAUUUUCCUGCUUCUUGUAACAUAUAUCCAUUCAGUCGUCAUGGCUCCUAAUCUACCAAAAUUAACUGCUGCUGGUGCUUUAUUCGCUUGGUUGGGUGUUUUUGUUGCAUCUUCAGGACUUGUUAUGUUCUAUAGAUGUAGCAGCAAUGAUCCAGGUUACAUAAGCACAAGCUCACACAAUGCACAGGAUACAAAAGAUGAUGAACCAUUAUUGAAGAUUGAAAUUAACCACCCUGCUUUGCUGGCGGGAAACUGGUCUCAGCUUUGCUCCACAUGCAAGAUUGUCCGUCCUCUUCGUGCAAAACAUUGUUCCACCUGUGAUCGUUGUGUGGAACAAUUCGAUCAUCAUUGCCCGUGGGUAUCUAAUUGCAUUGGAAAGAAAAACAAAUGGGAUUUUUUCAUGUUUCUUGUUCUCGAGGUGCUGGCUAUGCUAAUAACGGGUGCAGUCUCUCUUACAAGAGUCUUGACAGAUCCUAUGGCCCCAUCUUCCUUUGGUGCAUGGUUAAACCAUGCUGGUACACAGCAUGUUGGCGCCAUAAUGUUUUUAGUUGCAGAUUUUUUUCUAUGUUCUGGUGUCACUGUCUUGACGGUGACUCAAGCUUCCCAGAUUUCUUGCAAUAUCACCACAAAUGAGAUGGCAAAUUCAAUGCGCUAUGGCUACCUGAGAGGGGCCGGUGGUCGCUUUAGAAAUCCUUACGACCAUGGAUGUAAGAAAAACUGUUCAGAUUUUCUGAUAAAUGGUUACAAUGAGGAUACCGAGUACAGUGAAGAAGAAGAAUCCCCUCAUCCUGGGAGAAUUGGGAUGGUGCAAAUGACAAUGAAUUCGAAUCUGCAAAAUGGUGUUACCCAUUCCCAACAGACCAACGGAAACAACCAUGUCGUUAUCAAUGUGAAUAACACAAGUGGCCUUCACAAUCAUCAUCAUCUUCACUCUUCUCACUGCAAUCAUAAUAGUAGCAGCAGCAGCAAAAGCAAAACUGAAUCGGUACCUUUGGGAUUGGGCAUAGGCUUGGGGAAAAAAUGAUACCCGUGCCGCGGUUAUUUCGUGAUUGAUGAUGCCUCUUUUUUUCUUUCUUUUUGUUGAGGAUGCCAUUUUUUUCCAAAUGGUUGAAGUUGUUUGCCAUAUGCCAGUACACAGUCUUUUUGCUUCAGCAAUUCAAUGAGGUUUGCCUUUUGUUCAUUUACAUGUUCUCCAACAUUGAGAAUACUUCAUACAUCCUCUGUCUAUGACCCAAAGUAAAAUUCACAUUUUUCUUUUCAGUCUGUCCUAAAAUGAAGUCAAACUUCUCUUUCAUGUUACAUUAUCUUCCACCUAUGUAUUAUAUCAUUUCUUAUCCUUUUGUUCUCUAUUUCCUGAAUUU